GAGGCCGCUGACCGGCUCUGGGUGGCCGGUGGACCCCGCCGUGCAGCGGGACAGCCGGGGCUUCCGGGACAGCGCGGUGCGGCGAGCCUGGCGCGGGCCGGAGCGCACUUCCCGCGAGCCUCCCCGUGGAGGGCUUGAAAGUCACAGAAGAAAGUUCCAGAAUGCCGCAUUGAGAACCUGCCCUGCGAACUUCAGAGGAACUUCCAGUUGAUGCGUGAGCUAGACCAGAGGACAGAAGAUAAGAAAGCAGAGAUUGACAUCUUGGCUGCAGAGUACAUCUCCACAGUGAAGACCCUUUCUUCUGAUCAGCGAGUAGAGCACCUGCAGAAGAUUCAGAGUGCAUACAACAAGUGCAAAGAGUACAGUGAUGACAAGGUUCAGCUGGCCAUGCAGACCUACGAGAUGGUGGACAAACACAUCCGAAGGCUUGAUGCUGACCUGGCACGCUUCGAGGCCGACCUGAAGGACAAGAUGGACGGCAGCGACUUGGAAAGCGCUGGAGGACGAGGACUGAAAAAAGGUCGGAGUCAGAAAGAAAAAAGAAGUUCCCGCGGUCGAGGCCGGAGGACGUCAGAAGAAGACACCCCAAAGAAAAAGAAGCACAAGGGCGGGUCUGAGUUCACCGACACCGUCCUGUCUGUGCACCCCUCUGACGUCCUGGACAUGCCCGUGGACCCAAACGAACCUACGUACUGCCUGUGCCACCAGGUGUCCUACGGGGAGAUGAUUGGCUGUGACAACCCAGAUUGUCCAAUUGAGUGGUUUCACUUUGCCUGUGUGGACCUCACCACGAAGCCCAAAGGAAAGUGGUUCUGCCCAAGGUGUGUUCAGGAAAAGAGGAAGAAGAAGUAAGGAAGAGACUGCCCAGGUUGAAGAGCAAAUUAAUAUAUUCCUUCCUUCAUGUUGCAAUAUUUUCUUUAAUUUUAAAACUACCUUAUUUCAACUGAUACUUCAUAACUAAUGGCCAGUUAUGAUUCUGGAUAUUUUCUAAAACAAGAAACCACCACACCCUGUUUUCACAGAUGAGCAGUCUCAGAAGUAUUUGCCACAGCGAUUAUGUACAGACCCCCUAUCUCUGGCCGUGGCUGCCUUCAGGCCAGCCUGGGACCAUGGGUGGGUGUUUGUGAACUCAGGCUGCCAGGCAGAGUAUGUGGUGGAGACAUGUUAACCCGGCACACUGCCUCUGUUUUGUGACCAGAAUCAGCCUGAGUGUGCACAGCACCAGGAAGACUUUCUGCCGCUCUGUGAGCAGUGAUGCCCCAGAGCUUUGCUCUCAUCUUGACUCUGGUGGCAUGGAUUCUUAGACAGGACACCUCUGAUGUGUCUGGAAGGGCAGGGCUCCUGCCUUGAGGUGUGCUGCCUUUUAACAUGGACUUCCCCGUCUCCUGGAGAUUCACCUUCCAGAGGAAACGGCUCUCCAUCAGCCUCAGCUGUUAGUUACCACAGUCAGCACUGCCAAGCACGCCUAACCACCGGGCUGAAGUCCGUUUCUCUGGGAAUUCCUUACACUUCUACUGUGAAGAUGAAAUUAUUGUAAUAGCAUGAAGGUCGUAGGUCUGUGUGUCUAUGAAGUGAGUCUGUCUACUACGAACUCUGUUUAUGUUGCAUACCACUAGACCAGCAGCUUAUAGCCAAGGGGAAUACAAUUAUGUGACUUGAUUUGUGAACUCAUGUGCCCAGUAUUUCUGGAAUGAAGGUAGAUAGAUAUACUUGUUUAUUCUGCAUUCACCAAAUCAAUGUUGAACAGUCCUUUUGGUAAUAGUUGGAGAAAAUACACUUUGCCUGUUGAGAUACAUUUGUGGCAGUACCUCGUGAGGGGCCUUUGCAGACCCUGCCCUCCUCUAGUGUGCAUUGCAAGCCUGGACCAUCCUUACACAGGAAAAGAGCUGGGGUGUGGGAUUCCCAUCCUGAGGAGGGAAGGCUUCCUCUGUGUGCGGAGGGCCCUUUCCAUCUGGUGGUCACACUUCUAGUAUGCUCCCCUUCCACCUUACAGCUCUUCACUGAUAGCCAGAGAGCCCCACAGGUCAGCUCGUGUUUGUGAGGAUGAGGACAUCAGGGACGCUUUGCCAGUGGCACGGGCACCGUGAUUCUCCAGGUCUGUUCCUGGGUGGUCGGUCAGGGCUGACAGCCAGCCAGGCGGCCUGUGCUUGUGUCUGCUGUGUGCGUUGGUUAGCGGUGCUGACCCUUCCACAGUGGCCCAUGGGCAGCCAGGGCCAUCUGUUGCAGUAGCUCAUCCAUGUUGAGUCCUCCGGGCUUCCCUUAGAUGGGCAGAUGCUUUCCUGUAGCUCAGAAAGGAAAGGGCCCUGAGGUCAGGGCUGGAGGACCCAUCUCAUUCUUAGCCAUGCAUGAAACUGAGAUACUUUUUUAAAUUCAUAAGACCAUUUUGUUGACACAUAUUUCAAGAUUAGGGAAAAUCAGUGUGAGAACAGGAUUUCUCUUUUUUCCUGGUGCUGAGGUCAGACCCAUGAGAUCUUGUACAUGCUUCAUUUUUUUUUUUUAAACAGGUGUCCCUUUGUAGUACAGGCUGGCCUCAAAAUUCCCAUCCUCCUAGCUCAGCCUCCUGAGUGCAUGCCCAGCUACUUUGUCAUUUUUAUAAGCACAGGAAGUUUCUGACCAGACACUGCCUUAGGAACGGAGUCAGUCAGCUUCCUCCUGGGUGUCUCUACCCUGUCAUCACUGGGUUGACAUGCUAUUCAUGGGUGGAGGUGUUGGAAGGCUGGUUAAAUUUUUGUCUUCAGCUUCCCGAGGCCCAGCCAUAUUCCCUGAGCCAGGCAAGAGGCUUCUCCAUCUCCUACGUGGUGGCGGAACCUCCUCCUGCCACUGUGGAUGGACACUGCGGAUUGGCUUUUACUUUUGUCAGUUACAAUAAUGUCCAAACAAUAUGCGCACACUUGAAAACAGGUUUGGGGAUUCAGUAGUAGAGAACUUACCUAGUCAUCACCAAAACAACAGAAAACAGGAUAAGAAAACAUGGAUGUCAUUUGGUACCUGAUAGGACCCCUGUCCUGAUUGUCACUACCUUCUGCAAGCAGGAGGCACUUGGGAGAAUGGCCACCGUUUGAAAAGGAUGUGGCACUGCAGGGACAUGGGCGUAUGCCACCGGGCCUUUGGCUCACUCCUGGGUCUGACCACCUGUGUUUAUGAGGCGUCCAGGCUUAGUGGUGGGGCAGAUCCUCCCCGGGGGAGGUGUGCAGCCACCUGCAUCUUGUGGACUGAGGGGAUUUGAGCCGAACCCUUCAUGUCCCAUCACUGGCAGCUGCCUUUCCUGUGCCAGGGGUAUGCAUCGCUUAGCUUGAGGUUCACCAAAGUGCAGAAGUGUCUUUUUCCCUAGAGG